AUGCGAAUUGCAACAAUGCUGGUUUUUCGCAGUCGCGCGUUUUCUUGGCGAGCGCAUGCCCAGUGCAGCGCAAAGCGACCACCAUACUGCGCUCGACGGCCUCAACGCGCACGACGUUACGCCGACAAGCCACAACUUGCCAGAAGCGCCGACCUACACCACGCUGACUACGCAGGAAACUUGGUCUCCCGUCGUCAAACAACCCAACGCAACCAACUCGUCUUCACGGUGCCAACCCCACGUUCUAGUCAAGCUUACUGCACCCCGUUGCCACAGGAACUACAACCAGGCGCGAAAAUGAAUCCGGAAGUCUUCGAAAACUGCUCCGCUAUUUUGAUCGACAUCGCCGGCACGGUGGGCUCAAUCAAUUUCACCAAGGAUACUCUCUAUGCAUUUGCUAAGAAAAACAUCGAGGAGUAUUUGACCUCAAAAUGGGAUGAUGAAGAAGUCAAGAAACUGGUUGCAGAAUUGAAAGGUGACGGCGAGGAACUGGCAGAUGUUACCAAGGCUGUCGAGCGCUUCAACACGCUCACCGAUGAAAACUCCGUUAAUGUGGGCUUGAAGACGAUGCAGGGACUUCUCUAUAAGCAGGGUUAUGAAAAGGGUGAACUCAAAGCUCAUGUUUUUGAUGAUAUUAAGAGUGCUUUGGAGGAGUGGUCGAAACAUCGCAAAAUCUGCAUCUAUAGUACAGGUGCCGAAGAGGCACAGAAACAGUAUUUUUCACAUUCCACUGCAGGCGAUUUGAGCGCAUUUAUCGCCAACUACUUUGACCAAACCGUUGGCAAGAAAACUGCUUCAGAGAGUUACGAGGGCAUUGCAAAAACUUUGGAAGUUAAACCAGCUGAGAUUCUUUACCUAAGCGAUGAUAUUGAUGAGAUUAAAGCGGCAACAAAAGCAGGAUGCGCUUCAGUGUUAGUUACACGUGAAGGCAACGCUGAAAUAUCUGAAGAUGACAAAAAAGACCGUUUGGUUGUCUCUAGUUUUGCUGAUUUGCCAUUGAGCGGAAAGCGCAAGAGUGAAGAAGAUGUUUCUACUGAGGAACCUCCAAAAAAGGUAGCCAAGCUCGAAGAGGAAACUAAAAUUGAAGAAGCAAAAGAAGCAACUGAAACCAUGGAGGUGGACUCUUCCGAAGCAGCAGCAGCCAUUGAUACGAAUGAAUCUGCAGCGAAAACAGAACUUGCGGUUGAAACCGCUGAGAUUGAAACCCCUAAAGAAAGUAGCGACAGCGUAGUCAAAACUGACUGUACAGAUUCCACUAAAGUUGAAUCGACGGAAGCCACCGCCGCUGAUACUACUGACAAAACUAUUCCCCCAGAAAAGGCAGAAGAAGCAGCUACAACUGCCGAUGCUCCGGUUGAAAAAAUGGACGACACACCUACACCAGCGUCGACCACAACCGAAGUAACUGAACAAAAGACUGAAGAAGUAGAUGCAGUAAAGACUGAAACAGAAACAGUUCCUGAUAAAGUAGCGGAUGUGACGGUUGCAUCAGAGGCCAAACCUACUGAGGAAAAGCCUGCCGAACCUGAAAGCACUCCAGAAACAAAGACAUUGGAGGAGACGCCCGAGGUAAAGCAAAAUGGUAAGGAAAACGGCAAAGAAAAAGCCGAAGAGGCACCGAAAGUAGACAAAGUAGAAGAAAACGGCAAGGCUAACGGCGACGCUGCCACAGAGGAGAAAGAAAAUAAGCGAGAUAUUGCCAACGGCACUGCAGAGGUUUCUGACGUCGAAAAGGAAAACAAAGUUGAGGAGGAGGUCAAAAUGCCCACCGAAGAGGUCAAAGCGAAGAAGAUUGAGGAAGCGACUGAAAGUACGCCGCUUACCGUCGAAGCUUAAAAAAACUUCAAUGGUUGCACCUCUGAAACUAACUUUUUUUUUAUUUAGGGCGUUCUUUUCUAAUGGUAUAAUCAAAAACCUACGACGAUUAUUUCAUUAUUUUCUCUAAAUGAUAAGACUGCAAAAUACGCAACGCAAGAGACUUAUUUCGAAUCGGGACUCAUUAUUUAAGUUUUUUUUUAAAUUCAAACAAUCACCACCACGCAAACUUCUCCAAAUCAGUAUUAAACGCUAGCGGUGAGUAAAUUUUGAUACUAGUUUUUUAAAACGUCACAUUUUUAUACACGUCUUUUUGUAACUUAGAUGUAAAACUAUGUAUUUAGAUUGUAAGAACGCUUUUCUGCGCAAAGCAUCACUCACGAUAAGUGAGCCAUUGAAUAUGUUGAAAUAUUCCUUGUUAUGAUUUUCGUGGACGCAGCAGAAGUCUCGUCGGCGCAUUUACUCAAAAAGAUGCAACCAGUGCGAAACAUAAUGAUAACUACUCCGUUUUCAACUUAAUUUUAACGUUCGAAACACACUCGGGAAGGUCCGCGCCGUCUCUGUGUUGGUAGUUUUAAUUAAUUAUUUAUUUUGUUGUUUUCUAACACGUAAUGUGAUAUUCGAUAAUUGUAAUUGUCAUUCAUGCGACAUUCCGUUCUUUUUGAUUUCCAACUAUUGUCCAACUAUUUCGAUUUUACACGUGAAAUAAAAAUCAUCAACUCAUAGAAAAUUGUAAUUCGGUUGUCUGUCUUCUAUGUAUACGUUUAGGUAUCAUUAAACAUGUUUAAUGUAUAGUAAAA